AUGAGUAUGGAUAGAAAAAUUAGUUUACCUAUAAUUCAAUCCAAGCAUUUAAAUAACAAUCAAUUACCAAUUCCAAAUGUCAAUGUGACACCUGAUACAAAUCCCAGUAAUUAUUGCUAUCAAAGUCCUUCGAUCACUCCCAGUCCUUCAGUGAUUGACGAUUCUAGUACAAGAGGAUCUCCAAGAUCUAAUGUGAUGAUUCUUCCAUCAAGUCAGUUCAACCCAUACAAUAUCAAUAAUGAUACUGCCCCAGGAUUUUAUUCAUACCCUGGAAUUCCUUCAUUUCCUCAUCAUUUACCAGGUACUAUGUCAACAGGUCAUUUACUUCAACAACCAAUCCCCCAAACAAACCAUAACUUACAAUCAUUUCAAAAUCUGUACCAACAAACCACUGACAUAAAUCAAGGAAAAUUGAAGAAGAAAGCCCGAAUAGAUAGAAAAUGCCUUAGAUGUGGCACUUCUGAUACUCCAGAAUGGCGAACAGGUCCUUAUGGUAGUAAAACAUUAUGUAAUGCUUGUGGACUCUAUCAUUAUAAACUAGUUAAGAAAAAAGGUAUUCUUUUUGCUAAUAAUGAAUUACUAAAGUAUAAGAUAGUACUUGAUAAAAAAGGUAGAAGAGUAGCUGUUGAUUCAGAAAAUCAUCCUCUCAGAGACGCCAAAGAAGAAUCACCAAUUUUACAGUAUAGUCCCAAUCACCUGUUUCAAUAUCACCCAAUCACCACUACUGUCUAUUCUUCCCAGGAUGUAGGAACCCUGAGCCCUGGCCGAGUGGUAAAAAAUAACGAAUAA